UGCAGUUUUGUUGAAUUUCUAUCUGUGUCAUUUCCCCUUUCUGGGGCAAGAUCAGAAGCUCUAUAAGUAUCCGGUGAUUCUGCAGAGAAGGCUGAAGGUGCUGGUUGAGAAGACAGAUCAUUCUUCAUCAGAUUGUAACUCUGCAUCAUCUCCAUCAUGAAGUUGUUGGCUGUGUUCCUCCUCGUUUUCUCCAUGGUGGCUCUGACCAGUGGUGACAAACGCAUCGUCUUGCACAAGAAAUCUUUUUCUUGUCCUUGUCACUGGAGUCAAAUCAACGGUCGCUGCUUCAUCUUUGUUGCUAAACCCAUGACUUGGGCUAAAGCCGAGAAAAACUGUCUGUCCAUGGGGGCAAACCUUGCUUCAGUUCGCAACAUUAAAGAGUACCGUCAGAUUCAGGGUCUGAUACUUGCAGCAGGUUACGAGACCAGGGAAACAUGGAUUGGAGGCUCUGAUGCACAGGAGGACAGAACAUGGUUGUGGAGCGAUGGAAGUGCUUUGCGGUUCACAAACUGGUGUCCCAAACAGCCUGAUAAUUUGACACGGAAACAGGAGUGUUUACAGAUGAACUAUUCAGCCGGCAAGUGUUGGGAUGACACAGAGUGUUCUGCCAAGAAGCCUUCUGUCUGCGUCAAGAAAUCCUGUCCACGCUGAGGUUCCCAAGAGGCC